AUGCCUCCCUUUGCAACAGAGCCGCUGCUCACCACUGAUGUACCUUCUCGAAGUUCUACGACUACAACCUACCCUGCAUAUAAAUACACGUGUCCAUACUCCAAACACAAGGAGGGCAGGAAUUUAGUAGUCUGUAUUGAUGGAUCAUCGAACCGGUUUGGACUGAAGAACACUAAUGUCGUCGAACUCUACAGCCAACUUGUGAAAUCUGAAGCUCAGCUCACUUAUUACAACAGCGGUGUGGGCACGCAGGCCCGGCCGACGUGGCGCUCUCUCACAUAUGUCCAUUAUUGGCUGAGCAACAAGGUGGACUUGCUCAUAGCUUGGAAUCUUGAAAGAGUGAUACUGGCAGCCUAUCGAUGGAUAUCAGAAAACUAUAAAGAUGGUGAUAGAAUUUACCUUUUCGGCUUUUCCAGGGGCGCUUACCAGGCCCGAGCAAUUGCUGGAAUGAUACACCGUGUCGGCUUAAUCCUCCCCGGCAAUAACGAGCAAAUACCAUUCGCCUUCGAACUAUACUCGAAAAUAGAUGAAAAGGCUUCGAAGAAGAAAAAAUCUCGGCGCAAACAUGCCUGGGCGAAUGAGCUUGCUGAAACGUUCAAGAGCACAUUCUGCAGAUCGCACGUCCACAUUCAUUUUAUCGGCGUAUGGGAUACUGUUUCUUCAGUUGGCGUUGUGAGGGGGAAGACACUACCUUCGACUACUAACGGCGACCACCAUAUGUGCUAUUUCAGACAUGCUCUUGCUUUGGACGAGCGGCGAGUCAAAUUCCUUCCCGAGUAUAUCCAUGGUGCAAAUACGGAGGGGUCCCAUUCCGAGCGCAUCAAGGAGGUCUGGUUUGCAGGUAGUCACUCGGACCUUCAAUCAGGUGACAUUCCAUUGCUAUGGAUGCGAAAGGAGGCUGUCGAGGCAGGCUUGAGGGUGAAGCCCACGGAAGUCGUCUGGAAGAUGGACGACUUGCAGAAGAGGACGUUCGAAUCACUUCGAAGAACAUGGUGGUUCCUCGAAUUCGCUCCUAUCAAGCGGGUUGUUUAUGGCGCUCAAGACAAUCACACAUUUGGGUACGUGCUGUGA